AUGCAGUCCGCAGAUCGCGACAACUUCUUCGAAACAGACGCUGUUCAAUCUCAGCGCCAACGAAAGGCUGCAAAAGCCGACAACAAGAAUGGCGAACCUAUUGUUAUGAAGUCCAAAGUACUUGCUGUCAUUGCAGAUCCAGCCUCACCUCUCAAUUCUGUAUUUAUUGCCGAGUCUGCUGGCGCUGUUCGUCGGAUCAACCUCGAAACAUCAGAGUCCAAAACAACAUACCGCGGGCCAAGAGCUCCAGUCACUUGUCUUGCUGUGGGAGGCAAUGAUUAUCAAACUGUAUUUGCGGGCUCGUGGGACAAGGAUAUCUGGUCAUGGGACAUUGAGACUGGAAAGCUUGGCCGCAAAUUCAGCGGCCAUUCAGACUUCAUAAAGACUGUCAUUUGUGCUACUAUUUCCGGUAAACACAUUCUCAUUAGCGGAGGCGCCGACAAGAAGAUGUUCGUUUGGGACAUCGAGUCAGGUAAACGACUGCAUACCCUGCAAGAUCCCACCACGACAAUGCUUGCCGUUCAACACAUCGCUAUUGACCCCGUUCUCAGUGACUCAACCAGUGUGGUUUUUGCCAGUGCGAGCAGCGAUCCCCACAUCAGAAGGUGGAAGAUCACCCUGGACAGUUACGAGCAGCUUCCCGAGUCAUUCUCUGACCGCCCCGAUGCUGAGCGACUCACUAUUCAGGAGCACGAGACCAGUAUCUACCGGCUUUUCUACGAUCAAUCAAGUGAAGACGUGGAUCUCUGGACUGCCAGUGCCGAUGGAACUGCAAAAUGCUUGGCGCGUUCCAGAAACUUUGUCGCUGAUGAUUCGUUCGAGCAUGGCGACUAUGUACGAGGCGUACUUGCAACAGACCAGUGGAUUAUCACCGCUGGUCGCAAUGAGGACGUAAAGAUUUGGGAUCGCUCAUCCGGCAAGCUGUACUGCACAUUGAUUGGCCACUAUGAAGAGGUAACCGACAUUGUCAUGCUACAAGACUCUGCUGGUACUCCCCGUAAGGUAUGCAGCGUAGGCAUUGAUGGAACUAUUCGAACAUGGCCACUUGACAAGUCUGAGCUUGACGACGUAGUGGUCAAGAUCCAGAAGGCUGCGGAGCCCAAAGAGGAGGAGGAAGAAGAAGAGAAAAAUGGAAACCUUCUGACAGCUGAGGAAGAGGCUGAGCUGGCAGAACUCAUGGACGAUUAG